AGGAGAUUAGCCUACACCUUAACAUUCACGACUAGCUGAAAUGUUCACCAAUGACAGCGUCCAUGGCUUGGAUGACAUUUCAUUUGGAACUCGUAUACCUUCAGCUUUUCCUCUUUGGAGCUGCUACCCCACAGCGUGUGAGAACCGUGCAUGUUCAUCCAAUUCCGCUGGACCGAACUGUAUUAUACAUGGUAGCGACGCUGUCCAUGUCGCAUCGAUCUAGCUUUCGGUGUCUGUCGCAUUUUGAAAUACACUCGCAGGGCCAAUCCAAAUAUGUUCAUCGCAUACUGCAAAGUAUCCUCUCCAUCGGGCAAGACCGAAGGCCUACUCCACCCGGGUGCUCUUGGUAUCCUAGCGGUUCCUGUCUGUUCCUGUACCAACUUCCCACCUCUUUUCGCCCCCGGAACCUAGUCCACUCGUAUCGCAGGGCCCAAGUCGCAUCCUCAAGAUACAAGCACAGCUGUUUCCCGACGAGUCCUCCAUGGAAACCUUGGCGUCCAUUCAAGACGCCACUGCGAAGGGUACAGGACCAUACUUGCGUUAGUUGGGCGAGAGACGGGCGUCCGUUGGGUGCUAUCUCCGCGGCCGUGUUCUCGAUGUCUUCCGGAUAAUUCCGGAGCGUCUAUUGGCUCCUCGAAUUGCGGGGUGAU